AUGCCCGGAAUUCUACCCAUGAAGGUCAUCAAGGUGGGCACCAGCUCCCAGAGUCGGAUAGCCCAGGCUUGCGACCGGUGCCGGAGCAAGAAGAUCCGCUGCGACGGCAUCAGGCCGACUUGCUCGCAAUGUGCCAACGUUGGCUUCGAGUGCCGCACGAGCGACAAACUGAGUCGCCGCGCCUUUCCUCGCGGCUACACCGAGUCUCUCGAGGAGCGCGUUCGCCAGCUGGAAAACGAAGUCAGAGAACUGAAAGACCUACUGGACGAGAAGGACGAGAAGAUCGAUAUGCUGUCGAGGAUGCACGGGAACCACAGCCACGCGGGUCAUCGUAGCCCCUCCGUCACGGCGUCGGCGCAUUCACCGGCAUCCGCCGCCGAUGCAAGGAAAGAUGCCGGGACCCCUGUGAAAGAGGAUACUUUCCGCGUGCAGGCGUCGCCGUUGUUGCUCGGCGUCGAGAACUCGGAUUCGUACUUCAUGGGGCCGUCAAGCGGCCGUGCCUUUAUCGAGGCGUUUAAGCGCAAGAUGCAAGAGAACGGCAAAUCUUGCUCGGAUUUCAACCCGGAAGCCUUUUUGCACAUCCAGGGCUGCCAUCCCCUGACGACAAAGUCGCCGGACCAGUCUCUGAAGGUGCCCCCGCGUCUGUUUUCCGACCGCUGCGUCAACGUCUACUUCCAAGAAUGGGCACCUUUGUUCCCUGUAUUGCACAAGCCGACGUUCCUACACAUCUACGAGGAAUUCGUCUCCGACCCGGAAAAGGUCAAGAACAGCCACAAGAUCGCGCAGCUGUAUCUGGUCUUUGGAAUUGCCGCGCUGGGUAGCGACCAGCCCGACCUCGAGCAGAUCGCCGCAUGCGAGCAGCAAUGGCAUCGAGCCGUUGAGGCCGUCCUCAUGGAGAACACCAUGGUCACUCUGCAGUGUCUCGAGCUGGCACUCCUUUACUGCAUAGUGAGGGCGGAUUACAAGCGCCUUCAACACUACAAGGGCAUCGCCGUGGGCUUGUCCCACCGCCUCGGACUCCACCAGAGUCAGAAGCGUUUCUCGUUCGGCGCGCUCACCAUCGAGACUCGUAAGAAGGUUUUCUGGACGCUCUACACAUUGGACUGCUUCUCUGGUGCCAUUCUCGGCCUGCCGAAACUGCUCAAGGAGGAUGAGAUACACACAGAGUACCCGUCAGACACCGACGACGAAUACGUGACCGAGAAGGGCUUUCAACCGACUCUUCCCGGCGAGUACACUCGUCUGUCGAGCGCUCUCGCGCUCUUCCGCUGCUGCCGAAUUCUCGCCAAGGUCAUGGAGAAGAACUACCCGGCAGCCACAUCUCACGAGCUGUCGUUGCAACAGAUGUCUGCCAUGGAAGCCGAACUCGACGAGUGGUGCGAAUCUCUGCCUACCCAUCUCAAACUCACCUUCAAGCAAGACAAGCCUUCGACAGACGUCACUGGAAGCCGGUCCCCGUUGCUCGCGCUUGCAUACUACUACACCAAGACGCUCAUCUUCCGUCCCGCUGUUGGGUCAUCGCUUGGCCACAAGGCGGCGCCUGCGAUGAUGUCGAUUGCCGAGUCCGCCAAGCACGUUGUCCAAAUCAUCCAGCUGCUCGAGGAACGCAACAUGACCUUCUCCUUCUGCCUCAACAAAACAGAUACGCUUGUGACCUGCAGCAUCACUCUUCUGUACCAGAGUUUCGAGUUGAAGCAGGACAGCAAAAUGAUGAAGGAUGUCGAGCGCCUCGUCAACAGCGUCCUCCAAAUUCUCACAAAAGCAAAGGCCCCGGGCUCUUUCGACCUCAAGCGCGUAGCCGGCAUCCUCGUUCGACUUGACGAUACCAACCUGCCCACUCCGCCACCACAGCAGAUUCCAGAGGCAUCUAUGCCCGCGCCGCAGAAGUCGUCGCCAUCCGCUCCAGCCCCCAAGAAAAAGUCGCCUUCACAGACCCUCGGUCGCUUGCCGAGUGCCUCCGCCAGCGAUGGCAACUUGGUCCAGCAACAGGAGAAGAUGCGUCGCAUGACGAUGCCCAGCAUUCAGAACCGCCCGGAGUUGUAUCGAUCACGUUCGAAGACGUCGUUCGACAGCCCUCAACAGCAAGACAUGGCCGCGCGUCGCGACCAGCGGCUCUCCAUGUCCCAGAUCGCCAACCGCAUCCGCACAUCGACGAAACAGAAUCUCGACUAUCUUUCCCUCAACAGCACGCCCAACGGCUCCUUGCCAUCGUCUCCGACCACUGCACGGCUACACCAGCACAUCCUCGCCGCUGCCCACCAUAACCUCUAUGCUCAGCACCACCAGCAACAACAACAUCAGCAGCAACCGCACAAGGCUUCGGGUGUGUCCUCAUCAGAGUGGGAAGCCCUUCUGGGCUCCAUGGACGGUGGGCUGAACAACGUCUACGACGCUAUCUACGGCGGUGGAGGUGGCGCCCUGCCUACCAUGGGCGAGACGCCGGCGUCGUCCUCGACGGGGCUGGACAGCUGGAGUCCGGACUCGUGGGACCUGGCCAACUUCAACAUUGGCGACUUCGGCACGAACCCUGCGCCGCCGCAGAGCGUGCUGAGCGUGAGCGAGGAGAGCCUCAGCUCGGGAGAGGACCUGGCAACGAGCGAUCUGAACAUGAGCGUCAGCAGUCUGGAGUACCGGAACGCGCUGCUCGCAUCGUGCGGUGCGAAUGGAGACGGGCUGUUUCUUGAUGGGCUAGAUGGUAAUUUUGGACUGUGA